AUGACUACCUUAUUUGAAGGAGUCUUUUUAUUUUAUUCUUAUUAGCCAGCAUUAACCUUUAUAAAAGCUAUUAAUGCUUUUGCGGAAGUAACAUAAAUUAAAGGAUAAGGUAUAAAUCAGAUAUUUUAAUAUAGUAUUUUCUUCGUUAUCAUCUAAUUUGACACAUUUUCUAACAAUUACAGAAAAACAACAAAUAAUCAUUUAUAAUUGGAAAAAUUCAAUUAUUCAGCAAAUAGGUAAUACUAUUUAACUACCAGGAUAGUACAAAUGCUUUAAUUCAAUAUUUUUAUUAAAUAUGAAUGCUUACUUAUUGGAUUGUUACACUAGUAAAUCAUUUGUUCUUUUAAAAAUGAUAGAUAAUUAGUUUACUGAGAUUUAUUAAGUUACAUCUCAAAUUCCUAUUACAACAACAUUACAAAAAUAUAUUGUAGAUUCACUAAAUUACACUCUUUAUGCUCAGCAUUUUAAAACUUACUCUGUUUUAACUUUAUUUUCAUCUGAAUUUAAAAAUUAAACAUGUUGGGAGGAUAAAUUCGUUGAUUUUGAUGUUUCAUUUUAAGGAAAUAAUUUUAUUUAUGUUUUAACUUCAUCUAUUGUCUAUUAAAUUAUAAUCUCACAAUAAUAAUAAUUUGAAUUUAUAGCAAAUUAUACAGAAAAAUUAAUUCAUUAUGAGUACAAUAUAUUUUCUGUUUAUUACAAUUAUGAACAAACAGCUUAAUGCGAUAUAAUAAUAAUUGAAUAUUAAUAUUUUAAUAAACAAUUGUAAAUAAGAUUAUUUGCAUAGUAAGGUUUAUUUAUUAGGGAAUCAUAUAAUUAUUUAAAAGAUAAAUAAUAAGUUAAAUACAUUAUUUUCAAUAAUUAAUUUUUGCUGUAAUAAUCCUCAAAUAAUAUUACAAUUUAUGAAGUUUUAUCUAGUUAACCUCUUUAUAUCUAAAAUAUAUCUAAUACUACUUAAUUAUAUUUUAAUUCAUUUACUAAUGAAGUAUUUUUAUUUGAUCUAAAAAUUAUUGUUUAUAAAAUUUAACUACCAAAAUUAUAAAUAAACGUUAGAAAUUCAUUAGAUUAUUAAUAAAUUAGUGAAAUUUAAAUUUUUGCUCAAUUUAGAAAUUUUAAAUUGGCAAAAAAAUGCAUUUCAAAUCUGAAAAUAUAAAUUUUAUAAAAAAAUGAUACAAAUAUUUAUUUAAUUAAAAAUACUCAUCCCACCCUUUAUCAAGGGACUACAGGGGCAUCUUUUUAUAAUGAAGUUAUUGGUUUUUCAGGGCAAUUAUUAGAGAUUAAAACAAAUUAUGAUAAUUAAUAUUUUGGUUAAUUCUAAGAAGUAACUUUUUUCAAUAUUUAUAAUUUACCCUAACAAGAAAUACAAUUUGCUUAAAUGAUUAAUCCAUCAUUCUACUCCUCUAAAUUUGUGUAUUUAGCUACCUACAAUUAUCCAAAUUUAACAAGUUAUGUUUGUAAGUGGUUUUAGUUAAUUGAUGGAUUUGUAUAUAAUUGUACUAUCGCAUACUAACUUGAUAUUUCUCAAAAUAUAUCCUCAUUAUAGAUUGCAUAUAAUUUACAAUCUCCUUUGAUUGUAGGAAUUAGUUACAACAAUACUAUUACAAUUUUUUUAUUGAAUUCAGAUAAUAGUACUAAUCAGUACAACAUUAUAAUCAAUCAAUCAAUUAGCUAAUUUUUAUUAACAUUUAAUAGUGUUAUCAUUUUGAUAGAAAAUGAAGAAAUUUAAAUAAUAUCUUAUAAUUAAACAAAUAGGAUUAUAAUUAAUCAAGAACUAAUAAAUUAAUUGUUUAAAAAUAAAUAUUAAAUAUCAUUCAAUCCGAUAUAAAUUAUGAUUAAUACUUAAUAUAUAUCCUCGAUUUUGAUAAUUAAUAACAUUAACAGUAUUAUACUUUUAGCGAUAAAUCUAAAUAGCUAUCUCAUACCAAUUAAUUUUUUACAUUUUAACUUUUCUAUUUAUUAAAUUAAUUAAAUCAAGACAUAUGUAAUUCUAUCUUAUAUAUGUAAUAACACUACAUAGCUGUGCUUUGAAAUUUGGGAUUUUUUAAAUGUUUGGAAUCCCUAUAGACAAAAAAACUUCCCAAGUGUUAAUUUUGACUCUUAAAUUAGAGUUUAAUCAGAUAAUUUAUUUUUUUAUGUUCAAUUACAAAAUAAGACAGUUUUUGUUUAUAAUCCUGAAGUCCCAGAAUAGAUGUCUUUACAUUAUAAAUUUGAAAUUAAUGGGAAAUAAUUUUGUAGCAUUUAAAAAUCCUUUUACUCUUUAAUAUUCAACGUCAACAGUUUUUAUUAGUUAUUUCCAAUUAAAGUUAUGAAAUUUUAAUUAAAUUAAUCAAUCCUUGUAGAAAAAUAAUAUCCAGAAUUAAUUUACAAUUUUACUGUAAUAACACCAUUCAACAACACUGCAAUGUAAUCUAUGAUUAAUUAGAGCAUAAUAUUUAUUUCAAAUUUCACACAACUAAAUUCAUCCAAUUUUAAAACAUAUUAUUUAAAUUUUACCAAUAUUAAUAAAAUCAAAAGAACGUUUACUAUUCCGAUCUCUCUAUUUACUGAAAAACAGAUAAUUAGAUGCAAUUUUUAUAAUGGAUCCAAUUCAUCCUUAUAAAACCAAUAUGAAAAUAAUCAGAAUUGUCAUCUGACUAACACAAGUAAACAAAAAGCCUUGAUUAAUAUUAAUAAUUAUACUUUAGUGACUGCUGUAAACAAUUAAUUUUAUGUUUUACAAAAUAACAUAAAUAUCAUGAUUAGUAAUUGGUUGAUUGAAUCUACUUCCAUUAAAUAUUUUGAUUAUUCUUAUCUAAAUUUCUCAGAGUGUAUAAAAACAACAUCUACAUAUUAUUAACUAAAUUCUAUUUGUAAAAAUUCUUCAAAUUAAUACUGGCUUACUAUUAUUUUAGAUAAUUAAGGAAAUGUUUAUUUUAUGGAAUGCACAAUAUUUCCUAUAGUAUUUUAAACCAUAUAUAAAAUGGUUUAAUUUUAAAAUUAUCUUUUCAUUUCAGGAUCUCAAUAAAACUAAUCAUCCUUAUUGUACAUAUUUUUUAUAGUCAACAAUAUUGUAAUAAAAAAUAUGAAUAAUUCGCUUUAUUAAAACUAUUCUAUUUAGUAAUAUGAUGUAGCCUAAUUUAAAGAUCAACCCAACAAUAAUUACAAUGUUUUUGCUGUUAUUUUUAUAGCAGAGAAUAUGCCAUUAUAUUCUAUUAUUACUUUCAAUGAAAACAUAAUUUUGAGCAUUAAUUGUAAUUAUUUAUUUAUAGAUGUUUUUAAUUAAAAGAUUAGUGUAAUAAAUAAUCAACUGAAUUAAAUUUUUAUUGUAGAAGUGAAGAGUAAUUAAAUAAAGUUAUUAUUUGUUUGUAAUUCCUUUGCUAGCAUUUUUUUGAGUUUAAGCUAUAAUAAACAAUUAGCAUCAAUAAGUAUCAAAGAAAUUUUAGCAACAAUUUCUACUUAUGGAUAAUUAUAAAUUACUCAAAAUAUAAUAUAUCAAGAAGGAAUAUUAAUGUAGUAAUUUUAAUUACCAAAUUAAUCUUAUGUUCUUGGGGUAUAUAAUUUAUCAUAAAUCCAAUUUGAUAAUCUGGAUACCCCUAUUUUAAUGUUUGAAGGGUAAAGUAACAUUUCUAUGCCCAGUUAUUCGAUGAUAAUUAAUAAGCUAUAUUUCAACGGAACAUUUGUUACAUUUAUCAAUAAUUCUAUUUUUAUUUAGCCAAUAAUUACAUAGUUAUUGACUUGUCCUUUCAUUAAGAAAAAAAAACAUUUUAAUGUUAGUAUUUUUUGUUAUAAUGAUUUUUCUUUUGGUAAUUACGAAGUUACAUUUUUAAUACCAAAUUUGGAUGAACAUAAAGAAAGCUGGUUUUAUUCACUUUUUUUAAUUAUAUGCUUUUUAUUAAUUGGCUCAUGUUAUUUUGUGAAAUCAAAAAUAAAAGGAAAGAAAUUUUAUAUAGAAAUAGAAUUAUGA